AGAGGCGAGCGAGGCAGCAGCCCGCAGCCCGCCCCUGGCGCGUCCUCAGCCGCACAGACACUCGGCAGAGCGCUGGGCGAGGUGGAGGUGAGGGCGGGCGCCGGCGAACUCGGAGAGGGGCUCGCUCACUCCCGGCGAUCCCAGCCGCCGCCGCACCGCCAGCAGCAACAGCAGCGGCCGCGGCAGCCGCUUCCCUCCUCAGGCUCCCUCCCCGUGAGGCUGUCCAAGCGGGUGUAGCCGCCGGGGAGGCUCAGCUCGGGCAACCCGGCUCCCGCUCCGGCCGUCGGUCGAUCGGUGCCGCUGCCUGCGUGUCCGUCCCGGGGACACGGGGAUGUGUGUCAGUUUACGCCUCUGAGACCACACAGCUGCCUGGGGGCCGGGCGAUGCCCACGGCAAGUCUUGGCUUUUCUUUUGGUUAUUAUAAUUUUUUUUUCGCUUGGCUUUUGGGAAAUAUGCGUGAUGUUAUAGGAUAAAGGAAAUGACACUUUCAGGAGCUGAAGAGAACAUAGAUGCAUUUUGUGCUUAAAGAGAGGAAGCCUGGCCCCUCUUCCCGGCUGGCUUGCUCUUUGCUGAUUUCAGGACCUACCCUCCUGGCGAGGUGGUUAUUCCAGCAAGAAUAAAGGUGCAGACGGGCCAUCGGGACCCAGGAGGGAGACACUGAUCAUUAGAAUUUUUUGCAGAAGACAUUGUCGGGAAGAAAAUAAGACACAGAGGGGGAAACCCCACGACUUCCAAUUAUACAAGAAACCUACCAAUCCAGCUCUGGAGAAAGCCUCCUCCGACAUGGACAUGUCUCCUCUCACCUGGGUUUUCUUAGCGCUCUACUUUUCUGGACGUGGAGUGAGAGGCCAACCAGACCCACCCUGUGGAGGCCGGUUGAAUUCCAAGGAUGCUGGCUACAUCACCUCUCCAGGCUACCCCCAGGAUUACCCCUCCCACCAGAACUGCGAGUGGAUUGUUUAUGCCCCUGAACCCAACCAGAAGAUUGUCCUCAACUUCAACCCGCACUUCGAAAUUGAGAAGCAUGACUGCAAGUACGACUUCAUUGAGAUUCGAGAUGGGGACAGUGAAUCUGCGGAUCUCCUGGGAAAGCACUGUGGGAACAUUGCCCCACCUACCAUCAUCUCCUCUGGCUCUGUGCUCUACAUCAAGUUCACCUCCGACUACGCCCGGCAGGGGGCAGGCUUCUCCCUGCGCUAUGAAAUCUUCAAGACAGGGUCGGAAGAUUGUUCAAAGAACUUCACAGGCCCCAACGGGACCAUUGAGUCGCCUGGGUUCCCCGAGAAGUACCCACACAACUUGGACUGCACCUUCACCAUCCUGGCCAAGCCCAAGAUGGAGAUCAUCCUGCAGUUCCUGACCUUUGACCUGGAGCAUGACCCUUUGCAGGUGGGAGAGGGUGACUGCAAAUACGAUUGGCUGGACAUCUGGGAUGGCAUUCCGAAUGUUGGACCCCUGAUUGGCAAGUACUGUGGGACCAAGACACCCUCGGAACUCCGCUCAUCUACAGGGAUCCUCUCACUGACCUUCCACACGGACAUGGCAGUGGCCAAGGAUGGAUUCUCUGCACGUUACUACCUGGUUCAGCAAGAGCCUUUAGAGAACUUUCAGUGCAAUGCCCCCCUGGGAAUGGAGUCUGGUCGGAUUGCUAAUGAACAAAUUACUGCAUCAUCUGCCUAUUCGGACGGGAGGUGGCUCCCUCAGCAGAGUCGGCUUCAUGGUGAUGACAAUGGCUGGACCCCCAACUUGGAUUCCAACAAGGAAUAUCUCCAGGUGGACCUACGCUUCCUGACCAUGCUCACAGCCAUUGCUACCCAGGGAGCUAUUUCUCGGGAGACCCAGAAUGGGUACUAUGUCAAGUCCUACAAAUUGGAAGUCAGCACAAAUGGUGAAGACUGGAUGAUGUACCGGCAUGGCAAAAACCACAAGAUAUUCCAGGCCAACAACGACGCCACUGAGGUCGUUCUGAACAAGCUCCACACGCCGCUGCUGACGAGGUUCGUGAGGAUCCGGCCUCAGACCUGGCACUCAGGCAUCGCCCUCCGACUAGAGCUCUUUGGCUGCCGGGUCACAGACGCGCCCUGCUCCAACAUGCUAGGCAUGCUCUCGGGCCUCAUCGCGGACUCACAGAUCUCGGCCUCCUCCACGCGCGAGUACCUGUGGAGCCCCAGUGCCGCCCGCCUGGUCAGCAGCCGCUCCGGCUGGUUUCCUCGCAUCCCUCAGGCCCAGCCGGGUGAGGAGUGGCUGCAGGUGGACCUGGGAGUCCCCAAGACUGUGAAGGGUGUCAUCAUCCAGGGCGCCCGAGGAGGAGACAGCAUUACUACAGUGGAAUCCCGGGCGUUUGUGCGCAAGUUCAAGGUUGCCUACAGCCUAAACGGCAAGGAAUGGGAGUACAUCCAAGACCCCAGGAUCCUGCAGCCGAAGCUGUUUGAAGGGAAUAUACACUAUGACGCUCCAGAAAUCCGGAGGUUUGACCCCGUCCCAGCACAGUACGUGCGGGUGUACCCAGAAAGGUGGUCUCCAGCGGGAAUUGGAAUGCGGCUCGAGGUGCUGGGCUGUGACUGGACAGACUCCAGGCCCACAGUAGAGACACUAGGACCCACCAUGAAGAGUGAGGAGACAACCACCCCAUAUCCCAUAGACGAGGAGGCCACGGAGUGUGGGGAGAACUGCAGCUUUGAGGAUGACAAAGAAUUACAGCUCCCUUCAGGAUUCAAUUGCAACUUUGAUUUCCCUGAGGAAACCUGUGGUUGGAUGUAUGACCAUGCCAAGUGGCUCAGGAGCACCUGGACCAGCAGCUCUAGCCCAGAUGACCAGACAUUUCCAGAUGACAAGAAUUUCCUGAGGCUGCAGAAUGACGGCCGGAGAGAGGGCCAGUAUGGGCGGCUCAUCAGUCCGCCCGUGCAUUUGCCCCACAGCCCCGUGUGCAUGGAGUUCCAGUAUCAAGCCACGGGCAGCCGCGGGGUGACGCUGCAGGUGGUGAGGGAAGCCAGCCAGGAGAGCAAGCUCCUGUGGGUCAUCCGUGAGGACCAGGGCAGCGAGUGGAAACACGGGCGCAUCAUCCUGCCCCGCUACGACAUGGAGUACCAGAUCGUGUUUGAGGGAAUGAUAGGGAAAGGACGCUCGGGAGAGAUUGCCAUUGAUGACAUUCGGCUCAGCACCGACGUCCCGCUAGAGAGCUGCAUGGAACCCAUCUCAGCUUUUGCAGGUGAGAAUUUUCAAGGAGGCACGCUCCUUCCAGGGACCGAGCCCACAGUGGACACGGUGCCCGUGCAGCCCAUCCCAGCCUACUGGUAUUACGUAAUAGCCGCCGGGGGCGCCGUGCUGGUGCUGGUCUCCGUCGCGCUGGCCCUGGUGCUCCACUACCACCGGUUCCGCUAUGCGGCCAAGAAGACUGAUCACUCCAUCACCUACAAAACCUCCCACUACACCAACGGCGCCCCUCUGGCGGUGGAGCCCACCCUAACAAUUAAGCUAGAGCAAGACCGCGGCUCCCACUGCUGAGGGCCGAAGCAAGGACAGCACCCCAAAACAAACGAGAAAAACUGCAAACAUGUGGCCUCAAUUUUGCACUUUUUUCUUCUCGCCUAGUCUCUGUGUGAACUCGCAGACAUCGCUCUCCCAGGUCCCCAAGCCCUGUGUACUCUAAUCCAUCCCAACCAUUGCUCCUUGGGUUCUUGAUUUUUUAUUAUUUUUUUUCUUCUUCUUCUUCAUUUGUUGAUUCCAAACCAACACCACUCAACUCUAAUGCUGCAUCUUGGAUUAUUAUGAGAAGAGAUCCCACCACCCUUAAGCACUUCACAACUCAAGGCUCAGCUGGUUUUGUUCCAGAGACUGGUUCCUUGUUUCUCCCCUUGCCUUAUCCCAUCCCUCUGCUCGGUGGGCAGCCUGCCAGGAGACUUGAUGGGGACCCUGGAUCUGUGUGUCUGUACAUAGUAUAUACAUUCGCGUGUGUGGGUAGCUGUAUGUAUGUGUGGGCGUGUGUGAGAGAGUGCUUGGUUCAUGGUGCGUGUGGGGGCGUGUGAGUAUGUUCAGUGAGGGCCCCCUUUAAUUUUGCGUUACUUCUCCUGGGGUACAUUUUACAAGAAAAUAAUAUACUGUACUAGUUUUGUUUACUUGGAGAAGAGAUUGAAGCUUUUUGUUGCCUUAUCUA